AAGCAACUGCAAUUGUUGCACUGCGCGCCGCGCUUCGUUGGUAUCUGCCAGCGUUCAACAUGUCCCACCUGCAAGCCGUUGGCAUCUUGCUGAUUUGUUGCGCGGAAAUUGUUGCAGGAACUUCUCUUCGCCCAUACUCGGCCUUGCGACUGGCGACAGAGAGUUUGAAGGCGGAUGUGAAGCCAAUGAGUCUCCUGCAGAGUCAGCACCAAUGGAAAGGUGAAGUGCAAGACACCACCACCUUGGACUUCCUGGAUGAGUACUUGUCGCUGACCAAAACAGAUCCACCGUCUCCGAAGGUCCCAAAUUCCAGAGCUCAUUCAAGGCGCAUGCGCUUGGAGAAGGCCUUGCUCUUCAUGCUGGUGCCGUUGAUUCCGGCCGGCGGCCUGCUGAUGCUGUACAACAUGGCCGCGAAUGCAUCUGCCAGGCCUAUGCCAGUGCCCCGCCCUGCUCCUGCUGCCGUUGAUCCGAUUCAAACUGUUCAGCGGCAGGAGCCUCCGACCACUGUGACGGUGAAGGAAUGAGUUGACCCUCUAAGCUCAAUGGAAUUCGAUGCGGCCCAAGAUGCCAGAUGUUUCAUUUGGAGUUUCUCAGAUGCUAAAUGCGAAAUGCGAGAUGCUGGAUGUUGGACUUCU